GUUGAAAAAAGUACCUCUACUUGGAUCACGCGUUAUAUUAAAUGAACAAUUAACUAAUAGCGUAGAAGAUGCUCAAUCGACGAGUUAAGUACCUUGUAAGCCUCUUAAAGAACAAUAAUAAUAAUAACAACACAAAAUGACGAGCAAAAAUGUGUUAAGGAAAUAGAAGCUACAACAAACAACGUCUCAGAAGCGGACAAUAGCGCAGAAUAUGCGCAAAGCCUAUUAUCAGCACCAUGAAAGGCGUUAAUAUCGGCGAUGUUCGCAUUGAUCUGCCGCAGCAAAGACCACACCAGCUGGCGGUAGCGACUUGGGCGAGUUUAGCUUGCGAGCAACAGUAAAUGAGCGAUCAGUUGGCAGCAAGCAGUGGCCAGUUUGAGAAGGUUUUUGGAAAUCGCGAGUGAAUCUAUAUACAUAAUUAUAUUACUAUUUUAAAUUAACUGUUGUAUGGAAAAAUUGUAAAUUUUGUGGGAAAAAUUUUGAGUGUGAAAUAAAGCAUAAUUUUUGAAAAUUGCUUAAAACGAUAUUAUUACUAUUUAUUUUAUAAAUUAAUAAAAAAACAUGAAAUUCAUAUACAAUUUGUUACUGUUGUUUUUGCUGUUAUUCUGCAUUUCGAGUGUUCAUGCGGCGAAUGCGAUUAAUUGCCGGCAGCAAGAAACGGUUAUGCGUGCAAAACGACAAACAGUCGAACUGUCGCUACAACAACAAUACCAGCAACGACAAAGGAAUUUGCAUGAACAGCGUGCCUCUCAAACAUCCUCGGUUGUCAAGCCUGUGGUGAAAUAUUUUGUGGCAACGCCAGGGCAACAAGUGCAACAAUUACAAGCCAAUGGUGGCGCUCAACGCAUUGUUUUCAGUUCGCAGCAGCAGCAGCAGCACGCAGCAUUUGUAUCAGAUAUAGUGAAGCAACAACAACAACAAUAUGUCCAACCAUUUCAUCCACAACAACAACAAGCAUCUUUAGUCGCACCGCCAUUAGGAAGUAAUCAGCAAUAUUUUCCAAGUAACAGUUACCUGCAGCGACAACAACAACAACAAGUCGACAAUAUCACUCAUUUUCCGCGGAUAGGUCAACAACCACAGCAGCAGCAACAGCAAUUUCAAACACAGCCACCGCAGCAGUUCCACCAAUCUCAGCAACAACCGUUGCAAUUUUAUAAACCACAAAUAACAACAACAGCAAAUCAAAUUUUUCAAUACAACAACUCUAACCAACAACCUACAUCACCAUAUGCACCACAAAUACCAGCACAACGGCAACAGGAGAGCACGCCCACAUCCAACCAAGGCAAUGACGCAGUUGGUCCAGUUCUCACUCCAUUGCUCCCCUCAUAUUCGGAUGACGACGAUAUCCCGUUAAAUUACACACGACCAUGUGAGAUGUGUUGCACCCCUGGCCAAACGCCAUGCCAAGAUUGUUGCGAUACUAACCCACUUUUAAGUGUGGCUGUUUUAAAGUCAUCAGCGGGUUAAACAAAAGUGAGCUGACAUUAAAUUUGUCUUAUUCUUAAUAUUUAUAGAGUUAAUGAUA